AUAUAAAUAAUUCAAAUAAUGUAAAAAUUUUUACCUAUUAUUACUUAUUAAAUUUAAUUUGUUAUUGAAUAGGAAUACUGUUUGCAAAUUAAACAGUUUAUUUACAUAAUGUCUUAUAAGAUAAACAAAAUGGUGGCAAUAAUGAUUGCUUGCAUAUCAUUAAUUGUAUCAGGUUCUACCGGUUCACCAGUUGUAAUUGGUGGAAAAGAUAUUGAUAUACAAAAUUAUCCAUAUCAGCUGGCUUUAUUGGUUAACAACAAAUACACGUGCGGUGCAACAAUAAUUGGUAGAGAAUAUGCAUUAACUGCAGCUCAAUGCGUAAAAGGCGUUUCAGAAAGUAAAAUUACCUUACGAGCAGGAAGCAACAAAGCAGAUUCAGGUGGAUACGUACAUAAAGUGUCUAAAGUAGCUGUGCAUGAAAAAUAUGAUCAAGCGAAAAAUCUAAACGACAUAUCAUUAUUAAAGGUAUCGACACCGUUUGAUUUAACAAAGCCAGGAGUUAAAGCCGUUGGUUUACCAUUGGUGAAUGAGGCCAUACCUACAGAAAAAGAAGCUUAUCUAACUGGUUAUGGGAAAACUAGCGCUACAGGUAUUGCGACAAAUAUUUUACAUGGAACAACUUUUCCAACUAUCAGUGACAAUGUUUGCAAAAAAUCGGUUCCAUCUUUAACUGGGACAAUGUGCUGUGCUGGAUAUACAUCAGGAGGACGUGAUGCUUGCGAGGGUGACCAAGGAUCACCACUUGUAUUUAAUAACAAACUAAUUGGAAUUACAUCUUGGAAUUUCAGUUGUGGCUUAAAACCUUCACCUAUUGUUUUUACAAAAGUUUCUAAUUAUCGAGACUGGAUUAAAAAAAAUAGUGGAAUUUGAAUUAAGAUAUUAUUUUUUAUUAUAAUGUAGAUUUUCCAUUUACUAUGGUGCUCCAUAAAAUACCUAAGUAACACA